UCGGACAUAAUUGAGCUUCUCUCUCUCUCUCUCUCUCUCUCAACUCUCUUUUGCUGCUUCUUUUGCAUUUUAAUACUUUCACUUCUUUAAAUCAUUCUCUGUUUGCCGAAUCUACAACCUGAGCUGACAAGAAUGGAAUAUACCACCUAAUCCUCCUACCACCCCUUGUUAUCUUUGGACCAACACACAUAUAUGAUCAUGUAGAAAUCGAGAGAUAGGGACAAGAUGAGUGUUUUGACUGUGAUGACCUUCAAUCUACAUGAAGAUCCGAAUGAAGAUAGUUCUAAUUCUUGGGAAAAGAGAAGAGAUUUGUGCAUAAGUGUUGUUACUAGUUAUUCUCCAAUGAUUCUCUGUACUCAACAAGGAGCUAAAUCACAACUGGAUUAUCUUCAACAGUGCUUGCCAGGUUAUGAUCAAUUUGGGAUAUCAAGAAAAGGACCUGAAGACACUUCAGAUGAACAUUGCACCAUCUUCUAUGAGAAGGAGAAGGUGGAGCUUCUUGAAGGUGGAACAUUUUGGCUGUCAGAGUCACCUUCUGUCCCUGGAAGCAUGUCGUGGGGUGCUGAAGUUCCAUGUAUUGCUACAUGGGUGAUAUUUCAACUGAAAGGAGUUGAGCCCCCUGGCUUUUCAUUCCAGAUAGUAAAUACUAACAUGGAUGAAUUCAGUCCUCGUGCACGGAGGCGGAGUGCUUUGCUUACAUGGCAGCACAUUGCAUCCUUACCACCUAACUUGCCGGUUGUUUAUUGUGGAGGGUUCAACACACAAAAGGAAUCAACCACUGGUCGAUUUCUUCUUGGGAGAUCAAGAGAGCAUGGUGUGGUGGGUGAUAUGAGGGAUGCAUGGCCUAAUGCCCGUGUGAGGAAAAAUGCUUCUCUUAUUCGCACUUUUCAUGGAUUUAAAGGUAACAAACAAGGAGCUCUUGAAUUCUUCAAGUUGGUUUUCAGAGCCUUGUGCCUUUGCUGGGAUCGCCAAACACAGGAUCUACACAUAGAUUGGAUUCUUUUCAGAGGGAGAUCUCUUGUUCCUGUUUUGUCUGAAGUGGUGAGUGAUAACAUUGAUGGACAAUAUCCAUCCUCCCACUAUCCAGUGUUUGCCGAGUUUCUGCUUCCUCGUGCUGUGAGAAUGGUUGACCCACCUGCUCAAGUGGAAAAUUGAUAUGCAUCUGUUUUUGAUCACCACCUCCCUGAUUUUCUCCUCGGACCAUUGAUAAAGUUAUGGGAUUUAGAAGAGUUUAAGCACUAUUUGUUUACUUGACUUGCUGUUGAAAGAUCUUCGCAUCGAUAGAGUAAUGGGAUUUAGAAGAAUUUAAACGCUACUUGUUUACUCUGACUUGGUGUGCGAAGAUCUUCAUGUCUCUCAGGUGCAUCGAAAGAGGUUGUGGUUCUCUUUUCGAGUAUUGGUUUAUGUAAUGUCACUUUGUCCUCGACUCCUUGGGUUUUAUUAAAUGGAGUUU